AAGAACUCACUUCACUAUUCUUUUCGUUGAUAGUUCUUUUACCAAAUGAGUGUUCGUACUUACUUGUUUGUACAUGAAUUUCUUCCCCACUCAAUGGUUGUGGAGCCAAUUCUUAUUCUUGUACACCAUUGAAAACUUUCUUCUGUUUCCUAUAUGGAUGAUGACGUGGUAGAAACUUGCGAUGCCCAAUAUAUGCCAUCUUCCUUCCUUUUGGCAAAUAAAUGGAUGAAGUUUUCUCUGCACAAAUUGGACAUGCAUGACUGUACAACCACACAAGUUGCCAUACGUAGGAAAAUCAUUAAUGGUCCAUAAUAAAAUAGCUUUUAGCCCAAAAUAUUGAUCUCGAUAUGCAUCGUAACAUUCCAUCCCAUCAUGUCAAAGUAUUUUCAAAUCAUCAACUAACGGAGCUAAAUAAACAUUUAUUUCAUUUCUCAGUUGUUUGGGACCAGAUAUUAGUGCGGUCAACAUAAAAUUUUUUCGCUUCAUACAUAACCAUGGAGGUAGGUUAUAUGUCAUUAACAUCACUGGCCAACAACUAUAUCUACUGCUACGAUCUCCAUGUGGAUUUUCCCCAUAUGUGGAAAGAGCAAGACGUAGAUUUUUACGUUCCGACCCAAACUCUGGCCAUAAAUUGUCUAUUUUUUCCAUGAUAAUGCAUCUUUUGGAUGUUGUAAUAGAUCAUUCACUUUUCAUUUUCUGGCAUACCACGUCAAUAAUCUUGAUGUUUCUUUGCUUCAAAAGAUUCUUUCAAAUCAUGGAAUUGGGGAGAAAUACCACAUGACUUUCACUUGAACAUUCUUAACCUCCUUCUUUGAAUUUAUAGGAAUCUUCUAUCUUGACAUACCACAAGAGGAGCAUACAUUUGCAUCAGACAAUUCUUUCCUAAAUAAGCAACAAUCAUUUCUACAGGCAUGAAUCUUCUCGUACUUCAUUCCAAGAGUACACAAAAUCUUUUUUGCUUCAUAAGUAGAAGUAGGGCAUUCAUUGAGAGUAAGUAAGAUGUCACAAAUUAAUUGUAACAACUCAGUGAAACUCUUAUCACUCCAUCCAAAUUUAGCUUUCAAAUUAUAUAACUUUAUCAACAUAGAUAUUUUGGUAAGAUUUGUACAAUUAGGAUCUAAUAGUUUCUUGGCAUCAUCUACUAGUUCCUCAAAUUUUUCUGACUUGUCAUUAAAAUAAUUAUGCGCAGCCUCAAACAUUCCAAUUGUGUCAUCAACAUCGUCCUCGUUAAUUCUUUCUCUUACACUACUAAAGACACUUUCAUUGUUUCUCUUUAUUGGUAGUGAUUCACCAUGAAAAAUCAUUUCUUGAUAACUCUGAUCAAUGCCGUUAAAAAACAAGUGAUCUCUAAUUGUAUUCACAUCUAAAGUUUUUGCAUUCACGCACUUUAAACAAGGACAAGCCAUACGUUCGACGUCUUCGAAUGUUUCAACUCAUUUUUAAUAAACAUCUCAACCCAAAAAGCAUACUUAGUUGACAUUCUAUUAUUUUGCAUCCACGACAUAUCCAUAUUAUAUAAGAUGCAAUUUAAUCUACAAAAGAAAAUCGAGAAAACAACGAAAUUAAGUAAACUUAAACUCUUACCCACAUUCCAAAAACUAACAAGUUCUAUAUAACCCAAACCAAAAACCUCUAUAUUAUACACUCAAACGACUACAAAACUCGCAAUUGUAUCACUCAAUCAACUAAUAAACAAAUUAAUCUCAAAUUAAAACCAUCCACAAAAACCAAACACAAGCUCACGUAAAUGUGUCGAGAUACUGGUGGAACCCUCAAGUAGCUAGUGUGACACAAAUAUUGGUCAUGUUUCAAAUAAUGUAAAUAUUUGUCUAUUAUACAUUGAUAAAUCAUAAGAGUAAAUUCCUCAUGUUAUACAUGUUGGUCUAUUAUACAUUGAUAAAUCAUAAGAAUUUAUCAAUUAUAGAAGUCUAUUUUUAAUAGAUUUUGCUUCAUUUAUAAUUUUUUUAAAAUGUUAUUUUAUACUUUGAUUAUUAUUUCUAAAAUUAGCGCCUAUUAUUACCCUAUACAUAAAGAAAGGUCGUGAAGCCCGUAAUGGUUUCCCACCGCCCACACUUCCUUAUUUUGAUAACCCAUCAUCUCCGUAAUCAACCAAUAAAAACAAUUUCUCACCUCCCACUUAACCAAAGUAAAAUGGUUGCUUAGUUAAAUGAAAAUCAACUGAGCUUUGUGAGUGAGUUCUGGGCUCCGUUUUCCCAAAAGUUUUCAUUCAUUUCAUUUAAUAUUAUUUUCAUGACUUCGUGUCCCCCACCAUUAAGUUUGCUUUAAGUUGAUUUUUGUUUUUUUCUAAUUAUUGAGGACCAGCAUGCAUGUUGGAGAUGAAUUAUUGCAACGUAAAGCUUGUCCAAUGACAAUGACCACGGUUUUUAUUUGAUAUGUACGCCUUCAAAUUUUAAAUAUGUACAUUGUGAUCCAACCGUCUCUAAAAACUCCAUUCAACUUAAUUUUGGACGCCAUGUGGCCUCUUAUCUAAACACACCCAUCUACCGUGCUGAAAGUUCUCCCAAGUUCCCACCCUAACAUUUAAGAAGAUUAUGCAUAAAUGGAAAAACCGCCUCACGCCGUUGCCGGAGUAAUCUUUGCACUUGUCUUCAUUAUCUAUCUUCUUUUCAUCGUGUCUAGGAGAUCCGCAGGUCAUCCUAAGAGAUUCCCACCAGAAGCCGAUGGCGCUUGGCCAGUGAUCGGCCACCUCCAUCUUCUAAAUGCAAGUGAGCCAAUCCACAUAACAUUGGCCAAAAUGGCCGAUGCGUAUGGACCAAUAUUCACGUUCAGAUUCGGUAUGAAAAGGGCGUUGAUUGUGAGCAAUUGGGAAAUAGCGAAAGAAUGUUUUACUACAAACGAUAGAAUCUUUGCGUCUCGUCCAAAGCAACUUGCAUCAAAGCUUCUUGCCUAUGACUACGCAAUGAUGGUGUUCAGCCCUUACAAUCAACACUGGCGCUAUGUACGCAAACUAGCCAUGCUCGGACUCUUCACUAACCAACGCAUCGAGCAGCUUGAACACGUUAGAGCAGUCGAAGUUCAUAGUUGGAUGAAGGAACUUUAUGAGUUAUAUUGGCUCAAAAAUAACAAUAACAAAAGUGAGAAAGUUGUGGUGGAAAUGAAGAAAUGGUUUGUAGACAUAACCAUCAACACCAUGUUCAAGAUGGUGGUCGGAAAGCGAUUUGCGACUGCCUUUGACGACCAUGUAAGCCGUGAAAAGUGUCGAAAGGCGUUGGGGGGUUUCUUUGAAUUCUUUAUAAAAUUCAUUCCUUCAGAAUCGUUUUCGUUUUUUAGUUGGUUGGAUUUAGGAGGACACGAGAAAGCGAUGAAGAAGACUGCACAAAUAUUAGAUGAGACUUUUCACAAAUUCCUCCAAGAACAUCGUGAGAGGAGAGAUUAUUGCAGUACUGGAGAGAUGGAAGAAAAAGACUUCAUGGAUGUAAUGAUUUCUAGUGUUGAAGAUGAGGAUGGAGAGCAGCUCAACUACGAUGCUGAUACAAUUAUCAAAGCCACGUGCUUGAAUGUGAUAUUAGGUGGAAUUGACACUGCAACAAUUACAAUGUCAUGGGCUCUUUCUUUACUUCUCAACAAUGAAAAUGCAUUAAAGAAGGCCCAACUUGAGUUAAACGAACAAGUUGGAAGAGCAAGACAAGUGAAAGAGACGGAUUUGAAAAAUCUACCAUAUCUCCAAGCUAUUGUUAAGGAAACUCUACGAUUACACCCACCUGGACCACUCUUAGUCCCUCAUGAGUCAAUAGAAGAUUGUACAAUUGGUAGCCACCACAUUCCAAAAGGGACCCGCCUCAUUGUCAAUGCUCAAAAGCUCCAAAAAGACCCACUGGUUUGGGACAAUCCAUGUGAAUUUCGACCGGAAAGAUUUAUAACAAACCAAAACAAUUUUGAUGUUAGAGGACAAAAUCCUCAAUUGAUACCAUUUGGAAAUGGUCGAAGAAUGUGCCCGGCCAUCUCGUUCGCCCUUCAAAUGAUACAUCUUACGCUAUCCAACUUGCUACAUGGGUUCAAACUUGAUAGACCAUCACAAGAACUUGUUGACAUGGAAGAGAGCUGUGGAUUGGCCAGUGGUAGAAAAGCACCGCUCGAAGUUGUUUUAACUCCGCGACUACCCGCUUCUGUUUAUGAGUAAUAAUUUUGGGAUCAAAUUGUAGAACAGAUGUGUGUGACCCUUUCAAGAGUACAAAUGUGCUCCCGAUGUAAUAAAAGUCGUCGUUGGUUAAAUAAUAUUUUAUGCAAUAUAUAUAAUUAGUACA